AUGUCACUCCUCUUGAAUCCCGCAGAAUCCAUCCAUCUGAACGAUAAUGAGGAGACGUUGUUCCUUUCCGAGGAUGAAAACGAUGAUUAUAACUUUAAGUUCAUGCCUGCAAAUCAUUUCAAGUACAUAGUAAAGGAUGUACGUAGACAGAGAUGUCGAGAAGAAGAAGAAAAUGCUUGGGCAUCUUUUGUCAGACAACAGGAGUUGAAUGGUUAUGAUACAAAUGACAUUCAGCCAUCUGUCCAAAGUAUCAAACAAUUAUUAGAUAAGGGUAUGAGGGAGGCAGAUAAGGAGCUUAAAUUAGAGAUGGAUACCUUGUCAGAUGGAAUAAGAAAGGACAGCAGUAGAAUUGAGAAUGAUCAAAAGAAAAAACUAAAGGUAAAUAAUAUCAGGGAUUCGGCUCCGAAAAAAGUGCCAGUUAUGAAAGAUACUGGAACAGAUAGCACCAAUUUGCUGCUCACAAUUCCCGAAGAAGAUAAUGCUUCAACUUAUGAACAGAGACAUGGAUCUAAGAUUUACAAAUCAUAUGUUAGAAAAUCCCAUUCUGGUCAUGCGAUAUCACGAAAGAGACAGUCCUCGAGGCAGCUGCAUCAUGCAACGAACGGUACCGAGUACAAUUCCAGUCCUGAAAGCAGUGCAUGCCGCGACGGCAUCAUGGAUGGGGUCAUCUGUAUACGACCAGAUCCGCUCACCAUGCACAAAAUCUUGACGAUGCAGAGAAGAGUUUGUGAAUUACUGGACGAAAUUAUGUUCAGACUGAGAAAUAUUCCAGCACCGGAUGGGAUUAAGGAGCUGCAGAGACGACAACAGUGCGUUGCCGAAUUUGUUGUACGGUUUUCGAGAAAUUAUCUGUAUGAUCUUAACAGAUAUGUCAAAGAUAUUCAGAGACACAUGUGCGUUAUCUCGCCACGUGCAAUAAUAAAACCGAAUCAAAGAAGUUUAGGACUUCACAUGCACGCCAUCGAACACAAGUUGCUCGCUGCACAUCAGCUGUUACUACAGGCAUUGGUCGCCUAUUGCAAACACAUUCCUACCUCUAUUCCCAAAAGUCAUCCCGGAAAACUUAGAGAGAUACUGCAAGUUGUUAUUGAUCUGAAGACUAUGUGCGACAGGCUUCAUUUAAAUUAUCUUGAUUCGGGAGACACUGAUAUUUUGCCAUUGGGAAAGAAGAUUGAAAGCAAAUGCAAUGUCAUUUUAUCAAAAUUGAAGCAGCACGCGGAUAAGGAUCUCAAUACUAACAAAACUCAAUCAAUGGCAUCCUUUACUUUACAUUCAACUAAUAAAAAGCGACCCAAUCGCAAACAAUUAUCUAAUCGGUUAAGCAUGUACAAUAUGGAUACUAAAACUUCCAAACUGAAAAGUUCUAAACUUAAGACUAAUUAUUAUCAAAGAAAUAAAAGAUAUAAUACAAUAGACACUAAAAAAAUUCCUAAUGAGUCAAUAUCAGAUCAAGUAUAUUCUAGUUCUGUAACAUCUAAAAACACAAAUCAGAUUAGUGUUAAAAAGCAUAAAACAUUCGCAAAAGAGGAAGAUAUAAAGACUAUGAUGGAUAUAUUACCUAUAGAUUCAGAUAAUGGCAGCAAUCUUGAAACGCAAGAAAGACAUAAUGAUGCAAUGCUUACAAGGAGGAUAUGCAAAGAAUCGAGAAAAUGUUCUAAUAAGUUGCAAAAUCAACAGCAAUCGGAAACUUUAGAAAAUAUUGUUAAGAAUACCUCCACAAACAAUGAUGAUGAAUUAACGAAAAGAAUGACGACAAUUACGGAGGAACAUUUAUCUGAUUUGGUACCGGUUAUAGCAGACUUCAUGUCUUAUAUUUCCAAUAAGAAUGAAUCUGAGACAGAAUCAGAUUACUCUAAAACUACUACGAAGACACUAAUGGAAUUUCUGCAGAAAUAUCAAUCACUUAAAAGCGCAAAAACAAAAAUCAACGCGAGCACAAUCUGUGAUAUAUGUCAUUCUUCUGUAGGCAGUAAUUGUGAAUGUGAAUAUUCUAAAACGAACAGAACUUUAACAGGCAUGCGAAAAAACGGUAAAAACAUGCAAUUGAUUUGUGUAUCGUCGAGAGAAAAUUUACCAGAAGUGCCUCGUUAUUGCGAUGCGUCGUGUCAAGCGGAUUGCGAGAGUUUAAUGAAAUUGCCAGAUUUCGAGACGAAGAUGAAAGAAGGAAAAUUUAUGCUAGAUUCACUGAAUAACAUCGAGCUUGUUGUUUCUGAAGAGACUGAGAUGAACUUUUUGAAAUACAAGCGCGAAUAUCAGCGUUUAAUGCAAUCGAUCCCAAUGUACUCUAGCAAUACACAAAAUAAACCAUGGGAUAUUGUCGCUUGGAUAUCCGAUAAACUCGUGGAUGAGUUAAUAACGGAGAUUGCGAAAGAACUGCAAAUAGAAGAUGUCAUACAGAAGCUUUUCGAAUUCGAAUUCCAGGAAUUCUAGUGUUAAUUGACACUUGUUUCUUUGUUAAGCUCAA